UGUUUUUGGGCCUUCCAGUUUGAUGGAUGAGGUUUCCAUUUGAAGCCUUAAUUUGGACCAAGAAAAAUAGAAGAGAGUGAUGGAUAAAAUCAUAAAGUGAGGUGAGCACUGAGCAGUGAGGAGGGAGUGAAGAUGUGGCAAAAGAGCAACCGUUACUGAUUUUUGAGAGGGGAAGGUGCCAAGGUGGUAAGCUUGAAGGCGUCAUUUCUUUGUUAGGAUUGGAAUGAAAUGAAUGUGGUGUUAGGCAUGGCUUCUCUACUCCCUCCAACUCCAACUGCCACUGCCACAGUCCAACAGCAUUAUUGUUAUUAUUAUAAUUUGCAUAACAGCCAAAUAGUGGCAAUCUGCUGCUUCUCACCUGCUCACAAAAAACUACUCCCCAUCACUUCAAAGAGGAAGAGUAGGAGGGGCCUCAUCAGGUGCAAUGCUUUCUUUGAUGACGUGGCAACCGGUUUGUUGGAGCUGGAGAAUGCUCCUUACUUUCAGGGCUUAUCGGAGACGCAGCGGUGGUGGAUAGUGGCUUUUGGCGGCCUUGUUUGGAUUUAUUUCACUGCAAGGCCCGGGGUUCUCAUCGGCGCCAUCGAUGCAUACCUUCUUGCCCCUCUUCAGCUAGCGCUGGACAGUUUUUCCGGAAGGAGGAACCUCAAGAGGACUGAUUUUCUCGUCGGAGAAAAGCUCGGCGAGGGCUCCUUCGGUAUUGUGUACUCUGGUGUACUCCUCCCGAAGAAUCUCAAUGACUCGCCGGCGGACCAGAAGAGGCCACGACGGCCUCCGCCUCGGUCUGCUCUUGUUCCCCAAUCUCAAUCUAAGGACAAAGUCAUUCUUAAAAAGGUGAAGGUUGAGAUCAAAGGGGCCCGAGAAUUCGGUGAUUUUGAGGAGUGGUUUAACUACAGGCUCGCUAGAGCAGCACCCGAAACAUGUGCCGAAUUCCUUGGAAGUUUUGUAGCUGAUAAGACAAAUUCACAGUUCACAAAAGGUGGAAAAUGGCUUGUUUGGAAGUUUGAGGGAGAUCUCACUCUUGGUGAUUACAUGAAAGAUCGCAACUUCCCCUCAAACUUAGAAUCCCUCAUGUUUGGACGAGUCUUGCGAGGCGCAGACUCUUCUAAGAGAAAUGCCUUGAUCAUCAAGCAAGUAAUGCGCCAGAUUAUUACCUCUCUUAAGAAAAUUCACGACACGGGAAUUGUUCACAGGGAUAUAAAGCCAGACAACUUGGUAGUUACUAAGCGUGGUCGGAUUAAACUCAUUGAUUUUGGUGCCGCAACUGACCUACGGAUUGGAAAGAAUUAUGUUCCCAACAAGACACUACUGGAUCCUUACUACUGUCCCCCGGAAUUAUAUGUACUUCCAGAAGAAACGCCGAGUCCUCCACCAGAGCCAAUUGCAGCUCUCCUUUCGCCAAUCUUGUGGCAGUUAAACAGUCCUGAUCUGUUUGAUAUGUAUUCGGCUGGGAUUGUGCUUCUGCAAAUGGCAAUACCAUCGUUGAGGUCUGCUGCUGCUUUGAGGAAUUUCAAUCUGGAAAUAAAAAGCUGCGGAUAUGAUUUGAAAAAAUGGAGAGACUAUACUCGCCUCAGGCCUGAUUUUCAAAUUCUGGAUAGUGAAUCUGGUAGAGGGUGGGACUUAGCUACAAAGCUUAUAUCGGAGAGAGGUUACCUGAGAAGAGGACGGUUAUCUGCUGCUGCUGCUUUAAGACAUCCUUAUUUUCUUCUGGGCGGGGAUCAGGCAGCUGCAGUCCUCUCGAAAUUAAGCUUAGACAGAAAGUGAUCCGCCUAGCAAAGAGAAGCACAUUUGAAGACCACCCGACUUAUGAGUUGACAACCAUCAGUUAUAAGAUUUUGUUCGUUUGUUCUUAUUUUUCCUGUUUGGUUUUUUUCUCCUAGUAUAAGUCAGGGGAAGACUUUAUACACAGUUUCAGCCACAGAGUAAGCAUCGCAAAGUUUAUAUGUUAGACAGGAAAGGAGCUUUGCUUCUGCUAAAUAGAUAUACAUCUUUCUUGAAAUCUAUAUGGCAGAAAACUCAGGCAGGAGCACUUAAUGACUGUAAGAUCUUAAUCACUAUUCUCCCAUGGUUUGUUUCUACAGGAGGUGAUUGGUCUGAGAAUGCCAGGACCUUGCCUGUGGUACCAUAUAUAAUAUUACAUCUUGAAACAAGAUAUAGAGAUAAGUGAAGUAGCAAUUUAUUAACAUUGUGUUA